CUGAAUGUGAAUUGCAACGAUAAAAAGAUUGUGACUUGAUUGUAUUGGAAAACUGACACACAUGCACUGACAGCGCGUGAUUCGAGUUGAAUGUUUUGUGUGUAUCAUUCUUAAUGACAACAGCACCUUCUUGCCGAUGCGGUAAACCGGCCAUCAGUUUAGAAACGAAAAAGGCAGGUCCUAAUCAGGGGCGCUGGUUUUGGAAGUGUUCAACCGCCAGUUGCCAAUUUUUUGCCUGGGAUAAUACCGCUCACUCAUUCAUUGUCCAUCCUCGAAACACCUACGCACUCGCCUCUCCCGCCAAUUCCUACAGGCAGUUCCGCCGUCCAUUCGCAUCCGCGCCACCAACACCGUCACUCUCAACACCUGCAACAACACUGGGAGUGACAGGCAUACCGCGAUCGAACCAAAUCCAAGUCGAAUUCAGUCUUCAAUCCCUCGACACUAUACGCUUACGCGCCGACUACCAUCCGACCCUGCAACCCGUACUACUGGCAAUACAAGACACGACAUGGGACCCUCAGACGUCGACGUGGUCCCUUCCUGCAACGAUCGACUCGUACAAACGCGCCGUUUGUAUGAUUCCGGUUCAUACUCCCAACUUGAACAUUCAGCUGAAAGCAUUGCCACCUGCGGUGGUGGAUUGGUUACAGCAACAAUCGUCCAACGAACGUCCUGGAGACGAGGAUAUUGAAUUCAGCAUGCAACAACUUGAAACGACCAAAUUGGGCCGUGCCCUGAAAGAUUUCCAACUGGAAGCCGUACGCAAAGGAUUGUUUUUCAAGGGGAGAGUACUUCUUAACGACCAACACGGUCUUGGCAAGACACAGCAGGCGCUCGGCUUAUUAUCCUGUUAUCGUGACAAGUGGCCUGCUCUUGUCAUCUGUCCAUCUUCGCUUUGCACCACGUGGAAGAUUGAAAUCAAACGCUGGUUGCAACUUUGCGAUCGCCAAAUAACCACAAAUUUAGCCAAAACGGCGUCCUCAGCGAAACGAAAGCAGACUUCUCAAACAACCCCUCGCAAACGAUCAGCCCACGCGGUAGCUGACACCCCACUUGAUGACGGGACUGACAUAAGCACCGACCAAGAUGCAGAAGUGCAGAUGUACAUUUUAAGUUAUGAUUAUGCGGUACGACAUGUGGAAGAAAUAGCCGCGCGACAAUUUCAAUUCAUUGUCUGCGACGAAAGUCACCUCGUGAAAAAUAGAGAGCAAAAGAGGCGAAAAACUUUGAAAGCAGCAAUCCAGACCAUCCCACACAUCAUUCUUAUCACUGCAAUGAAUUUUUCGAAAAGACCAUUUGAACUGUUCACACAACUCAAUAUACUACGCCACGAUCUUUUCCCAGACAUCAACCCAUUUGGCGUUCGUUAUUUCAACGGAAAACAAAAAAUUUACGGAUGGGAUUAUUCCGGACGGAGCAAUACAGAAGAAUUGGAUAUCCUUCUUAAAGAAAGGUUCGCUGUGGGACGGACACAACGGGACGUUUCAUCUUCACUUGAUCGACAGUAUCGCAAAUGCAUUCUCACAGACUUGCGUGGCAGAGAAACAGGUGAAUUGAAGAAAACCCGAGUGGCUCUCAGCAGGCUCUUGUCUCUCCAACGACAAGAUGGCGCGGAUAGCGUUGGUAUGGCUGCAAAACAUCAGUUUUGGGCAAAAAUGUACCAAGAAACCAGUGGAGCCAAGAUGCCCUGUGUGCAAAACUAUGUGCGUUACUUGCUUGAAAUGCACGAUAAAACUAAAAUUGUCUUUUUCGCCUAUCAUACAUCGAUGUUGAAUAUCAUUGAGAAAGUGAUCAACGAAAACUCGAUCAAAUUCAUUCGUUUAAACAAAGACACAGACAAAGGAACUGCGGAUUCACUGUGCAACGAUUUUCAAACGGACCGCUCCGUUAGAGCAGCUAUUGUGAGCAUAGCACUUGCCCAUGUUUCACCGCUUGCUUUGGAAGCAGCCAAUACAGUAUUAUUCGCCGAGCUAUACUGGGAUCCAAGCUUUAUUCUUCAGGCAGAAGCCAUGGUUCAUAUACCUAACGAAGACUCAGACAAUCACGACAUAUACUUCAGUGGUCAUCACUUGGGAAAACAUUCAAAGAAAAAGAUAAGCAGCAACUUGGUGUACAGAUGGCUGAUGAGAUAUUGCUUCCAUAUUCAAGAUCCGCUGGCGAUGAUGUUAACGACGACGACGACGACGGAGAGGAGGAAGAUAACUCUCAAUCUUUCAUCAUGAGUGAGGGUGAUAUUGAAGCCAUGAUUGAGGCUUCUAGGAUUGCCGAAAAUGCAUUAGCGGAUACUGUUUCGUCACAGAAUGAU